ACCGCCAGCUCUGCCUGAGCUCAUACUGAGGUCCUACAUCAUAGGUCCAUAUCCUCAACUACACGGCUAUGAAAAGGGUACUAAAAACGCAAGGAUACAAUUGCACCCUGGGGAAGAGAUGACACCAGAAGAGCCAGGCACAACCAAUCUGUCACUGUGCACAGAAGUUUGUCCCAAACUUCGGCCCAAAGCUGCUGUUUGACAGUUUGAGUCCUGCUGCUGACAGUCUCCUCGAGCAGCACAACUAGAAGCCCUGAUGGAUCUGUCACUACUUUGCACGGAUGACCAAACACGGUCACCAGCAUCUCUCACAGACAGUCAGACGGGGGGUUUAGACUCUCUUUCUCUUCUACACAGUCCUACAGAAAACAUGCUGUCUGCAUAUGAGACAACAACAGAGACUGCAGCAGAUCUCUUGGACCCCACUGACAAAUCCACUGAGGCUUCAUCAAACGUUUCCAAAUGCCUCUCUCAGGAGAAACGCACUGACUCAGACUGUUUAAAGCGUCCAUCAUCCAGCUAUAAUAUGUCAGAGUGUUUGUCACUUUGCUCAGAGCCUACACCAAAGGAAAAUAACUGCAGGGUUCACCCUUAUUUUGGCUUAUCUGAACCUAUAUUACCUCUUUUACCUCACCUCUCUCAUGAACUUAUUUCACCCCCAUCUGAAACUUUCUCAGAGUUUUACAUUAAGCAAGAGUCAUCCCUCCCCUUUUCUCUCAUUCAAGACAAUACUGGACCCAAACCUUUUGGGGCCAUGUCAUCUAUUUCUGAGGGCUCUUAUCUACUAAGGCCGUUAUCACCUGACUCAGAUAGUUCAGAGGGUGAUACAGCCACAGCACCUGUGUCAGACCUUUAUAUCUUUGAGAGUGAGACACAGGACUUCAUCCUGAGCCGUAAUGCGGAUCUCCAUGAGAUUAAAUGUCCUGAAUGCCAGCCAUUAUCACAAACAGAGGAAAAAAAGACACACCAUGACAGUGAUAGGCAUAUCAUGAUGUGUGAUUCAGCAGACGUGCCGACAAAAUGUCAUCACAGCUCUACUGAGAAGCGAGGUAUGGUGGACUAUGAGUCAGACACGGGCCAACAUACAGGGCUGAGACCACCUGCUGUGGAUGCCUGUGGGGCGAGCUUGAUGUCAGUGAAUGAUGCGGGACUAGAUAAAGCAGAGGUCACUGGUCUAACACCACAGGCACGACGAAGUGACAGCCCAGUUGAGCUGUGGCUUGACGCAUACCAGUACCUAGCAGGUGAGGAUAUAGAAGAUAGUGGUGUUUUGGGCAACACAAGUCAUUCUAUGAUGCAAGGAGCCACCAGUGAUUUAUCUUUUCUCCCAGGAGAGACACCAGUGUCAGGUUACAACCAUAUAGGUAGCGAGGGGAUUGGCUGGGCCAGUGAGGACACCAUAGGCUGGGGGCAACCGGUUGAGAGGUGGUCAUCAGUGGAUAGCUGGGCCAGUGCACUCUCAGACUGGACCGCGAUCAUCAACGCUCCACCAAAGGACAUCACAGCUGCCUUCACAGAGAUAGGGGCUGAGAUAGAUGCUUUGACACAGGCACUAGCAGAGGUAAACACUGACACAGACGCAGAGACAUCUAAAGAAGGACAGAGUCAGGAGUCAGCAGUGCCGGCGCAACCGCAGCCACCCAUGGGUGUCCAGGAUCAGCCUCUAGUGGCACAGAACAUCCCAGAGAGCUCAGUCCUCUGUGGGCAGAGCUGUCUCUCUUUGUGCCUCGAAUCUCCACGACCUGAGCUCCAAGACCAGAGCACUGAAGCUUUGUGUGAUUCAACACCUACCACACAAGGAGAGAAGGAGCCAGAGGAAAUCCAGAGCAGCCAGGCUGAGUCCUUUAUAUGCCCCAUUCUCCCACACUCAUCCGUGGGUUCCUCCAGUGCUACGGUGGCCGCUCCUGGAGGGUAUGGUGUAGAUGUGACUGCAGUCACUCUGAACCCUGGAUCUACUUCCUCUGCUGAUUUGGAUCUCUCUCAGUUUGGUGGAUAUGUUGAGUCCUUAGAGACAGACAUUUUCAUCAGCGAUGACGAUCCAAUCAUACUGAAUAUAAAAGAGGAUACAGAUUUGGAGGGACCAAAUGCACCUGCAGAGCUGACAAUUGGAGAGCCCUCUGGAGAUGAACUGUGUGAAGUGACAGAUGAGCACAGUAUCGCCCAGCCAGGCUUGGUGGCUGAGCAGGAAGCUAAAAGGAGCGGUGAGCCAGCCGAGGUUGAUAGUGAAGGAACCAAAUCUUCAGCAGAUCCUCAUUUCCUCACCACACACACUCUGACACACUCACACGUGCCAUGUGUGAACACAAAACCUGGCCUACAUGUUAAUGUUAACACACACGUGUUGCCUGACACUUUACUAGAACUUGACGGAGCACGUCAGGUGGAGCCACAGUGGGGGAGUCCUAAGUUUAUUAUGCCCUUAGCUCCCCUCAAUCCCCUCAUCUGUUGGACAAGCGGCAGUUUGGAAGGAGAUCAAAUUUGUGCCAAAAGGUCUCUCAAUGACAACAGAGACCUAUGUUGUGAUCACGUACAACCCUGCGUUCUGCAGCCUACUUCAGAUAGGAUUACUGACAAACCAUCCCUGAAAGGUGAUGAGGAGGCGAUUCAUAAAAAAGAAAAUGCAAUAGGCUGUGCUGAGAAAUCUUCACCAGAGGGACAACUGGACUUGCUCACUGGCAAAACUUCUGAGUGUUUCCUGACAGAGAGAAAAACAGUAAUCGAGGAUAUUCAUGAACUCAGCAGAGAACUAUCAAACUUGGCUGUUAUACCUGCAGAUCAUUUCAUCAUCUCUGAGACGAACCGUGUCGCAUUCAUCACUUUGGACUUAAAUGACCCAUUUGUCUCCAGGGCUGCAAAACCUAUCGCCACACCUGUACCAUCUGAGAGGGCUGAGCUGAAUCAGAAAACAGCCGAAAAGAUGCCUCACAAAACUCACAAGAGCUACUCAGAGGGCAAAACACGCUCCAAAAAGGACAAAUCAGCUGCUCAUCAUCAUGGUGCACAGGCUUCCAAGAAGCAGGAGAAUUUAUCUCAUCAUGUUUCAAGCCAUCAGAUAUGCAAACAGCAAGAAAUCCAUCCUCUUACUGGAGAAAAUCAUACCAGUGAGAACACUCCAGUUGGACUUGAGGACAAUCAGGCUAAAUUGGGGAUUGAGACCUGUGUGGCACCCGAGAAGGCUCCAAGCAAACCACAUGGCAAAAAGAAAAAGAAACACAGUCAGAGUGCAACAGCACCGAAGAGCGUAGUGGAGCCACUGGCUGAAGUAGAGAAUGGAGCAAAACCAAAGACUGCAAGAGGAAGGAUUGAUAUGUUCGAGGCCAAGCUGGGUGCCAAAGCUGAGAAAGCUCAAAAAGACAGUGAUCAGUCAUCAGGAUGUGAGAAAAAGUCCCAGCAACUGGAAGCUAAAGCUUCCCGGGGAGAACGAUCUGUGCAUCAUGCAGAGCAUAAAGACCACCAGCCAAAAAAAUUGACCAGUCCUCUGAAAGAUGAUGUUAUUAAAAGAAGACGCCUGUCAGAGGAUAAGUUUGGGAAGAUUGUUAGUGCUUUGGAGUCUAAACUACCAAAGCCAGAUGUUUCUAUAAAGGCAAAGGCAGAGGAGCCCAAGACUGAUGCUGAAGCAACUCGUAAAAAGGCGUACAGUGAAGUGGUCAAACAGACAAUCCCAUCUAAGGGAGACCCCAAGGUGGUGCAGCCCAUCCAGGCAGUGUCAGUGAGCGGGGACCCCCAGAGUCUGUGCCUGUGGUGUCAGUUUGCGGCUGUCUUCUCCAACUACACUGUCACCUGGAGCAGAGAGGGUGCUGUCCUCGCUGAGAUUAAGAGAAGUGCAGGGGAUGAAAGCAGAGUGUCUGUCAACAUUUCCAACGCUUCUCACAAAGACUUGGGCAAGUACCAGUGUCGGCUCACCAGCUUACAUGGAUCAGUCACCCUGGAUUACCUGCUAACAUAUGAAGUGCUCAGUGAGAUUGUCAUUCCUCCAUCUCCAAAGAUCACCUCAUCUGCUCCUGUAGAGGUGGGAAAUGAAGAAGAGAAUGUCAACUGUUCCAGGUUGAUGUUCAAAGAGAACUUCCUAUCUGACCAAUACUUUGGAGACAACCAUCCUGUCAGCAUCAUCACUGAUAAGGUCCACUUUGGGGAGGGGAUGCAUCGGCGGGCUUUCCGGACCAAGCUGCAAACGGGUCAGAUGCCUCUUUUACUGCCAGGACACUCCUGUGUGCUCAAAGUUCACAACGCUAUCAGCUACGGGACCAAGAACAACGAGGAGCUCGUUCAGAAGAACUUUACCUUGGCUGUGGAGGAGUGUCAGGUCCAGAAUACAGCAAGAGAGUACAUCAAGGCGUACACUGCUGCAGCUCAGUCUGUCGAAGCCUUCGGAGACGUCCCAGAGAUCAUUCCCAUCUACUUGGUUCACCGUCCAUCCAAUGACAUCCCCUACGCUACACUGGAGGAGGAGCUGAUCGGUGACUUUGUCAAGUAUUCAGUCAAGGACGGGAAAGAGAUCAACCUGCUGAGACGCGACUCGGAGGCGGGACAGAAAUGUUGUGCUUUCCAGCACUGGGUCUACCAUAACACUGAGGGCAACCUGCUGGUGACGGACAUGCAAGGAGUGGGUAUGAGGCUGACCGAUGUGGGAAUAGCCACCUGUAAGAAAGGAUAUAAGGGCUUCAAAGGAAACUGUGCCACCUCCUUCAUCGACCAGUUCAAAGCCCUGCACCAGUGCAACAUGUUCUGUGAGAUCCUGGGCCUCAAAUCCCUGCAGCCUAAGCCCAAAAAGUCUACAUCUGUUCCCAAACCCAAACCCCAACCUUCUGCUGCACCCAAGAAGAAAACUUUUGGGCCAACGCUGAAGAGCAAGUCAUAACAAAAGGGGAAAUUCAUGGACUAAAGGUGUGAUUAUUAAUUGAAAUUGUGAGUUUAAGCUGGUUUGAGUUGCUUCUCUGACGUGGGCUUCGUCAUGCAGAGUCUGAGCCAACCACAAGACGUUGGGCUGCUGCAGGCCAGAGGUUGGAGACAGAUGUAUCUGACUCUGAAGGGAGCGAUUGUUACACAACCAGUAGCUGUUGUUCCAUAAGAGAGCUCGCUUCAUCUCAUGUUGAACAUUUGAGAGAUAUAUUUUUAUUUUAAUUAAGAUUUCACCCAAGAUUUAUGAGAGUUUGUGCACUGUAUUUAUGAUCUAGGGGAAGAAACCUCACAAGUUUUUGGAAAACUGUGACAAAUGUAAGACUUGAAUACUUGGAAAAGAUAAAUAGUGUAGUUUAUCUACAGUGAUGAACUGUGAUGUCUUAGAUUGCUUUAUUGAUUACGUGUGAUUUUUCUUUACAGAUCAAUGCUGAGUUUUUUUUUCCUUGUUUUUCUACUUCAGUGAUGUUUUCAAACUAUUAGUUCAUUAAAUUAAUGAACUUGUUUAUUUCUCAGAGGAAAUGUCUUUGAAGUAGGUUGUACGAUAAAAUACACACAAUAAAGGAGAGUUGUUAUAUGGAUGCUGGGUUACACGGUAUGAGUGGGUAUAUUUUGUGUGUUUGGUUUGCGAGGUAUUUGAUGAAGGCUUAUUUAGUGAAAUUCAUUAUUAUAAUCUUUGCUCAUUUAUUAUUGCUACUGUUUCAUGAUUAGCUCAUGUUUAUAUUCUGGAAAACAACAAAAAGGCAUUUUUUACACAAAAAGCUCAUGUAAAGUGUAACUGUGAAUGUAUUCACUGAAACUGAUUUAUCUGAGACAAUUCUGUUUGUAAGAUUGAAUUGAAACUUCUGGCAUCAUUUCGAGGAUCUGUGCUGCACUGGUCUGGGUCAAACUACGUUAAAGACAUGUAAAGCUAAAACCAAUAAUCACACCACACUAACCUAACAACACACUGCCAAAUCUACUUUCAUACACAGCUCAUAUGAUCUCAGUAGCAUGCCAGCUAUUCAACUGAAGUCCCCGACUGUCUUUAUAUAAUAAGCCUCUGUGUCCUACUCUCACUGUUGCCUUUUAAUCCCUGACCCAAAUUGCUGACAUGGCUCUCAGGUUGGGGCUUUGACCAGUGUGCAAACAAACUUGGUUAUUAAAGAGAUGUUGCUGGUUGAAAAUGCUUUCUGGCUUCUUUGUCACUUCACAUUUUCUGUAAUGUAAUAAGAAGGGAAGGGGGGGCGGGUCAUGCAACAUGACUUUGACAGUGUGUCUACGUCAACAUGCAAAUAUCUGCUUGUCUGGUGUUAGAGCAAUUUUUAAAAUGAGAAUUUCAUGUGUUGUGUAAUUCUUCCGAGUGGCUUAUAUGCAAAAGGUCACAAAAAACAAACACUUGUUUAUUAUUUACUUGAUUUGCAUGGAUGAAAACUCUACAGUCACAUAAUGUAGCAUUGAAUUAGACCUGUUUACAUGUUGAACGAUGACGGUGAAAGAAAUGGUGGGGGCAUGGAAACAAAUAAGCCCUCUAUUCCCAUCCAUACUUACAGGAGAAGGUCUGCAGCGGCAAGUUAGCGCCUCAAAUGCAAAAGAAAGUAGGUCACACUAAGAGGCUCGAGAUCAUGUACUGUGUGUCAUCUCAUUAUGUCUAUUUCCAUCUGUGCCCCUCCUGCAUGGUGCAAUGUGUCCCAUGCUAUAGCAGCUAUUGACACUUGGACACAUUUGCAUUAUCUAUAAGUAAACUAUUUUAAAUCUGAAAAAAAAAAAAAAA